AUGAUGACCAACAGUAUGAUGACCUAUUUGACGAGUAAGUUAAUCAUGAAAGAGGGUACGGAUCGAAACUGUCUAAUAUUUGUGAGAAUUGGUAGCCGGCAGCGGGGAUGGAAUGUUCUGGCUGUUGAUCCGAGGUCCUUUCGCAUGAAAAAAGACCUUCUUGAAGCUUGCGGCGGCCCUCCACAUAAGUACCCAGACAAGGAUGCACCGUAUGAUCUUAGCUUUUUAGCCAGCAAAGUCCACGAUGCUACCCAGUAUUAUAAUGUCUUUUCGUCCUCAACACCCGUUGCUCAACGUCGAAAUCAAGGGCCCUCACCCGAUGAGCUUUUUCCACUUACUCACUCCGAUGAUUCUGAUGGAGGUGUUGAAGAUCCCAUUAAUCGUCACGACACAGUUCCUGGUAUAAAGACACCCCCUGUCAGGACGGAAACGCCCAGGGACCUUCCUCCUUCUACAGUUGGAGCACAAGAGACGCUCCAAAAUAAUUCUCCUUUAGUUGCCCAUAAUUAUUCCAAUAUCCUAAUUGAUACUAUAUCCAAUACCCCUGUUUUAAAUGAGUCUGAUGAAGAUAGUGACGUGACUUAUAAUGAGGAUGAAGAAAACGAAGAAGACGAAGAAGAUGAAGAAGUCGCGGAAGACGAGGAAGACGAGGAAGACGAGGGUGUCACACCUGCUCUCGGAACCAACACCAGUCAUGCCACGGUAAACGAUGCGGACAUUGAUAUGGACCAAGACAAUAGCGGUGAUAACUCAUCCGAUGGGGAUUCAUCCGAAACGAGUAACCUAGAUGAAUUGGAUGAACACUCUGAUACUCCUAUGAAUGAAGAUAUCCACUCAGAGUCUAACACAGCGACCAAGGCCAACGGUAGGGUGGGAUUGCUAAGAGAUGACCGCCCGACUUCCGAUCUGUUUGAUAGCUUCCAAAUUCUCCAUUUUUCUGAAUCUCAUAUUCGAAUGCUCCCCGGUCCCUUUUCUAAUGGCCCUUCGGUCAUUUUCCGCGCUGCUUUAUCACAAGUAGUAACAAAUCCUGUACAGUUUAUCGAAGCAACGGAUCGAUUUAACAUGGCUCUUCAGAUACCUGAGCUCGGUGUUGUUGUUGCAGCAUCUCAGAAAGGAAGAGUUGCGAUACUUGGUCUUACUGAGGUCCGCAAUAAAGGGAAGGUGUUCAGAAUGGACCGUAUAUUACCGCUUGCAAGUCAAGAACGAAAACGGCUUCGUCCACUUUGCCCGCUACUUGGGAUUGCUGCUAGCCCAGUUGUGCCACACUUGAUGCCACCCGAAUCCCCCUCAGAUGAUUAUGAAGAUACAUGUACUGGAAUGAAUGAUGUUGAUAACCAGGAAAUCCACAAUGCUCAACCGGAACCUAUUGGGUGUAAAUACCCCAAAGCUGGCUUGUCCGGCAAAUUUCCUUCUCACUUACCCUUUGGUGGCACGAAGAAAGAAAAGUGGCAUGGCAUUGAAUACUCGCGUCGCUACCGCCUCUUCUUAACGUACUGUGAUCAUACAAUCCUACACUACGAGCUUUACUAUGACUGGCCAAAGGAACUUAGAGGGCCAGAAGCACAAAUGACAUAUGAUAAGAACGAGCCAUUUAUUCUUAGGCCCUAG